AUGGACGCAGAGGUCAGGACAGAGCAUGUGUCCUGUCCAGAGCCCACAGUGGACAGUCACAUGCCGGCGUCUGACAAGUCUCAGGAUAUUUCUCAUGUUUUGGAAAGUCUUUUCAAAGAAACUUACACCAAAAAUAUAAUUGGACAAGACACUUUGACCAACCUCAUCAAGACAAAAAGUGGUAAAAACAGCUAUCAUGACAGAUAUGUUGAAGAGCUUCAGCAGGCUUAUAUGGAAUAUAAUGUAUGUAUGCAGGAAGUAGAUGUUCUGGAAACUCAUAUUAUUCACGCUCGAACGAGGGCUGCAGAGAUCGAAGGCAAGGAGUGUGAGAAAAUGAAACAAAACUUCUUGGAUGGGUUUAAUGAGAGAAAAAGUGUUAUCACAGUACAAUCAGCAUUUCCACAAUGUGUUGACAAAGACCUUCUAGAAAUGAACAACCUUAUAUCUCCAUGGGACUACUUAAGUGUUCCAAAGCCUAAACCAUUACUAAAAGCUCCAGAAAAAGCCAAACCAGAUCCAACAAAACCAACAGUCUCCUACUCUAUGCAUAUUUCUCAGGAGCCACAAGAUGAUGGUUACACAUUUAUUCCUUGUCCCGUAAACAGUCCAGAUAAUUCAGUCAGCAUUACAGUUGAUUCAAGUUCAGAUGAAGCUAACAACAAAAAGAUAAAGUCCCGUGAGAGGACAAAAAUAACCAAACCUAAACCAAAAUGGAAGGGUGGGCCCAGUGCCACUGAGAGGACUGAAGGACAAGACACUCUUCGGAAAAUGAAAGAGCGACAAAACUUUCUACGCAAUCCACGGUUCCUUCCUCCAAACACUCAGAUAUCAGAUAUGGUGACGCGGUCUGGGCGAAAAUGGACAAGCAAAAGAUGCAGUGAUGAUCGUCUUCAAGUCUUUCAGGCAGAGCCCCCAGUCCUGUUUUUUGUUCAAUACACUGUUGGACAAAUAUAUGAGGCAACACUAGAGUUGAAAAACAUGACCUCUGCAAGCCGCCAUGUUCGUGUCAUUCCUCCAACCACUCCAUAUUUUUCUAUAGGCCUUGGGAGAUUCCCAGGGGAAGGUGGCACUGUGGCUCCAGGCAUGAGCUGUAAAUACACCAUUCGCUUUGCACCAGACUCGCUGACGGAUUUUCAGGAUUUCAUUGUUGUGGAAGCUCAGUCUGAUGAUCUCCUUGUGGUCCCCAUUGAGGCCAGACGUCCCCCUCCAGUGUUAACUUUACCAAGAGUUCUGGACUGUGGAUAUUGUCUGGUUGGAGGUGUUAAGUUUGUUGAGUUUUUCUGCCAAAAUGUUGGUCUAAGUCCCGGAACCUUCUGCUUAAUUCCUAAAUACCAGUGGCCAGCCUCUAAUCUCAGGUCUGUGUCCAAAACUGUGUUCACUGAGCAACCACCCUUUGCAGUUAGCCCAUCGCUCUUUUCUCUUCAGCCCGGAGAGACCACUGUAGUCGAGGUUGUUUUCUUUCCAACCACAACUGAAAAGACCUGUCAGGUCUUCACUAUUGUGUGUGAUAACUGCCAGGUGAAAGACAUUUGUGUACAAGGUGAAGGCCAGUUGAUUGCACUGGAGCUGAUUUCUAUAUCUGGGGACAGGGACACUCCCUCUGCAGGAGAGCUGCAUGACCUCACAGCUGAGCACUUUGUGUGCUUCAGCCCAUGUAAUCCGAACUCUCCACAACAGAAGAAGAUUGUUGUCAGAAACAAUGUCCACCUGGAGCUGCCUUUUCAUUGGCAGAUAGUGAAGCCCCACCUGCAGCCCCUCCCAUCAGGAGAAGACACUCAGUCCUCACAUGUAGAGUUUCUCCAGGAAACAGAUGACAUAUUCCAUGUUUGUCCUGAAUCUGGGUUGUUGGGCCCAUGCCAGGACCAUGUGUUUUUGGUCACAUUCUGGCCUAAAGAGCUGAAAGAUUAUCACAGUGUUUGCCAUUUGGUCCUCAUGGAUGUUCCUCAGCUGCAAUCAGACUUGAGUGUCCAACCUGUGCCCAGUGAAUUUGGUGAUGUCAUUGGGAUGGAAAUAGAGCUCAAAGGGUCAACCGAGCCUUACCGGGUCUUAUUUGAGCCCUAUGCCAUUGUGAUACCAGGGGAGCUUCUUAUCUGCACCACAACUCGCAAACAAUUCAAGAUGUGGAAUCACAGCAAAACUUCAAUCUCCUUUCAAUGGGAAAGAAUGAACAGUAGCUUUCACAUAAUAGAAGUAGAGCCACCUAGUGGUCAUAUAGAGGAAAAUGAGUGUUUUGAUUUGGAUUUAAUUGUGACUGGAGGAAAACCAGAGAAGGUGGUGACUAGUCUAAUCUGCCACAUAAAGCACCACUACAAACCAAUAACUCUGCCUGUGGAAGUUUCCUUUAAAGGUCCUACUAUUACCAUCUCUGUGCCGAGUAUUGACUUUGGGCUUGUGCGACUCGGGGAGCAGAGCCAAACCUCUUUACUCCUUGUGAACACCACACAGCUGGAGGCCUCGUGGGCACUAGGAGAGAUGCCAUUACAUCAGGAAGAGCCCUGUGAGAGUCAGAUUUCAGUUGAGCCAAGUAGAGGCAUCCUUUCCCCAUUAAGCUCUGGUGUUGUAGAUGUAGUGUUCAGACCACGCUUCUGCCAGCAACUUCAAACUGAGCUGGAGCUGACAGUGGAGAAUGGAACUGGAUGCCACCUGUCAGUACAAGCCAGUGUGCAGUCCCCCCAAGUGUGCCUGCUAAACUGUGAGCUGCUCCUAUCUGAACUUUACAUGGGAGUUACUACAGAGGCAACUGUGACACUUUUCAACCAAACACUGCUAGCUUCAAACUUCAACUGGAGGCCACAAUUGCAAGGAAACCAAGCAUCAUUGUGUGAGGCCACAUUUGAGCCAAUGUGUGGUACUUUGGGGCCUAAUGCUAGUAUGGAUAUAACAAUUAAAUUCACCUCGCACACACAUCAUGAACUAACUGAGGUUUCAGCUCUUUGUGACAUUGAGGAUGUGAAAUCACCUCUUAUUCUGAGACUGAAGACUGCCAGGGCAAAGACUCUUGCUGUAUCUUAUUCUUUAGACACUACCAGUUUCCCAUCUGAUCGGAGCUCCUCAAAACUUGUGCUUGAUUUUGGUGAUGAUAUUAUUUUGAAGAAAGCUGUUACUAGACGCUUUAAAAUAACCAACGAAACAGCGAUUCCAGCCUCUUUCUCAAUUGCACCUGAGUUUUUCAAUGGAAAUACCACUGACUCACUGCCACAGAAAAGUUCAGCUUAUACUAUGAGGCAACUUCACUCUGCCCAGGCCAAAAAAGUAGAAGAAAAAACACACAUGGAUUUUGUUAGCAGCUUGCUUGCCAAUGGAAAAGGAGCAGCAUUUUUUGUCAGGCCAGAUAAUGGAAUAUUGGGAGCAUUUCAGACCCAUACUGUGGACGUGACCGCCUACACUGAUAUGUGGGGAGAUUACACAGAUAACCUCAUAUGCAAAGUAGGCGAUCUUGAGCCCACACUUAUUCCUAUUCAGAUGACAGUGAAAGGAUGUCCACUGUAUUUCCAGAUGACAGGUCCACGUGUAGAUAGCCAAAACGAGGGUCCAAUCAUAAGAUUUGGCACACAUGUAUCUGGUGGUGACACAGUUUCCCGUUCUUUGCGCAUUAACAAUCCCACCACUUUCAAUAUUCGCUUGGACUGGAAAACGUAUAACAUAGAUGAGAAUGACGAUAUGCUGGUGGAUCUUGUGGUUGUGUACGGAGAAGCCUUUCCCGUUAAAGAGAUAGACGACAAUGUGGUGUCUAUCGGACCAAGAGGCUGGGACCGGGAUCAAGCAUCAGACUCUGUGCUAACAUCGACCUCAUCCCACCAAAGUCUGAUUGCUUCCAAUGCAGAGGAGGAAGAACGUGUAGCCGAAGAGGACACUGAGAGCGCAAUGGCCUGUUCACAUCCCUAUCAUGCAGAGAAGAACCUAAUUUCUGUUCGAAUAAGGCCCCAUGUUGGGAAUCUAUCAGACUACCCAUAUUGCGUCACUCCCCAACAAGCAGUUAUACCAGCAAAAGGAAGCAGUACUAUUCAUGUGUCUUUCACCCCACUAACACUCACUGGCUCUACUGAAACUAAAUGUGUGGGCAAGGCGCUGGGAUUUAUAAGUCUAGACUCUGAGACAGCAAUAUGUGUGCCAGGUAAAGUUGGUCGUGUCCACGGUUUGGACUUGGAGCCUGUCAGAAUGAAUCUACAGGCAGUCGUUAAACCUGCCAAGAUGUUAGUUCAAAUGGAUGAAGACGAGGAGGUUUUGGAGUUUCGUGCCUCAGCCGGUGAUUUAGUGAAACAAGAAUCAGACAGAGAGCAAACACAGGAAUUUGACAUAAUGAAGAGCUUCAGGCUACACAACACCUCAGAAAUGCCUCUGCAAUUUACACUGAACACGCAGCCCCCAUUUUUAGUCUUCACACCUCAACCCAAAACCCGCUCUAGUCCCUCCAGCAACCCCUCCACCGGUGACGGCAGCUAUCUGAUGUUGCAACCACAGCGAAGUAUGAAGGUGAAGGUUGCAUUCCACUGCUCCUUUGCCCUCAUGGACUUUGUGGACUUAGCAAAUGAUGAAAUGCCAGAGUUUGUAAAAGUAAUCAAGAAUCCAAAAGGAGAAAGCAAGUUGAGGUUCCAGCAAACACUAAAGAUUCAUUACAUCAAUGGUAGCACACAGACUGUGCCUCUUUUGGCCUACAUGGAUAUCGCUUCUCUUAGCUUGUCUAAUGAGAGUCUUGACUUUGGGCUCUGCGAUGUGGGCAAAACACAAAUGAAGGAAGUUAAAUUGUUCAGUAUUGGAGCUAAAGCCUUUUGGAACUCAGUUAUAAAGUCUGACAAAGAGGACUCGCACAGCUUUUGUGUAACACCUGAUUUCGGAGUCGUAAAAUCCAAAUACUUCAACCCUCCCCAGUUCUGCCAGUGUCUGCAAAUCAGUUUCACUCCUAGUGAGGACAGAGACUACAAAGCUGUGGUUGUUAUCCGCUCGCCUCUUGUGAAGACACCUCUCUUUAUCCAUUUGCAAGGCACUGGAUCCUUUAAUAGGUUUAUGGGAGAUGAUCUGUGUGAGUAG